AUGCUCGUGAUUCUUUCUAUGCAGACCUGGAACCCAGGAGUGGCGGGAUACACUCGCAAGUGCGAUGCUCCACUGACUCCUGCCUUGCCCCGGGCAUCCUUCAGCAGCAGCUCAGCUCUGUCCAGCAGCCACGGCCCUGGAUUUGCUAGUCUACAUAGGAGAGAUGGAGCUGGUGGCUGGACUCCCCUUGUAUCAGAUCAACACCAGUGGCUGCAGAUUGAUCUUGGAGAGAGAAUGAAAGUUACAGCUGUGGCCACCCAGGGAGGAUAUGGGAGCUCCAACUGGGUGACCAGCUACCUCCUGAUGUCCAGUGACAGCGGGAGGAACUGGAAGCAAUAUCGACAAGAAGAAAGCAUCUGGGGAUUCCCAGGAAACACCAAUGCAGACAGUGUGGUGCACUGUAGUCUCCAGCUGCCUUUUGAAACCAGGUUCCUGCGCUUCCUCCCUUUGGCCUGGAACCCCAAGGGGAGGAUUGGGAUGCGUGUUGAAGUGUAUGGAUGUGCAUAUCGCUCAGAAAUGGUUCAUUUUGAUGGAAAAAGUUCUUUGCUGUACACCUUUAUUCAGAAAUCCACAAAUCCAACAAAGGAAGUCAUUUCUCUGAAUUUUAACUCCAGGAAGAGUGAUGGGAUUUUAUUUCAUAGGCAAGGACGAAAUGGCAAGAAUUUUACCUUGGAACUAGCUCAAGGAAAACUGGUCCUGUCCCUUAAUUCAGGUGAGGCUAACAUGUCCUCCCUUGAUGUGCCAGCAGCCCUCAGCCUGGGCAGCCUGAUGGAUGACCAGCACUGGCAUUCCAUUCUCCUGGAGCUGCACAGCACACAUGGAAGCCUCACUGUGGACAAGCACACUCAACUCUUCGAGGCACAGCCAGGAUCCAGCUAUCUGGAUCCUGGUUAUAAGAUCAGCUUUGGAGGGAUUCCUGGACAUGGAAAAUCGUCCACAUUCCCACACAAAAACUUUGAUGGGUGUUUUGAAAAUCUCUUCUAUAAUGGAGUAGAUAUCACUGACCUGGCCAAGAAAUACAAAUCACAGAUUCUCUUCAUGGGAAAUGUGUCAUUCUCCUGUUCACAACCUCAAACUGUCCCUAUGACUUUUCUGAGCUCCAGAAGUUACCUGGCUCUGCCCCACACCAACGGAGAGGACAUCGUGGCCAUAGCUUUCCAAUUUCGGACAUGGAACAGAGCAGGGCUGUUGCUGACAAGUCAGCUAUCUCAUAGGUCAGGGAAUCUCGUCCUCUUUCUUGGUGAUGGGAAACUCAAGCUGAGCCUCUCCUCACGUGGACAUCCAGUGAAAACCAUCAUCGCAGGUGAUGGAUUAAAUGAUGGUCAGUGGCAUUCAGUGUCCUUAUCCUCUAAAGGGAAUCAUGUGAACAUGAAGGUGGACAGCAAUGCAGCCUCUGCUGCUCACACCCUUUCUGGAUGGAUGGGCCCCAGUGAUUCUUAUUACUUUGGAGCCUGUCCAGAAAACAUCUGUGGCUCUGGAUGUGGGAGCUGUCUGGAAGGGUUCCAGGGCUGCCUAAGACUCAUCUCUAUUGGUGAAAAAGUGGUGGAUCCCAUCUCUGUACAGGAAGGAGUGCUGGGGAGUUUCAAUGACCUCCAGAUUGAUUCUUGUGGCAUUAUAGACAGGUGUUUCCCCAGCUAUUGUGAACAUGGGGGUAAAUGUUCCCAGACGUGGGCUGCCUUCUCCUGUGACUGCACCGAUACUGGCUACACAGGAGCUACCUGCCAUUCCUCUAUAUAUGAGCAGUCUUGUGAAGCCCAUAAGUACCAGGGCAAAGACUCUUCAGGACUCUACUACAUCGAUUCAGAUGGAAGUGGACCACUGGGACCAGCUCUGGUGUACUGCAACAUGACAGAUACUGUGUGGACCUCAGCACAGCACAAUGGUUCCCGUCUGGUCAGAGUCAAAGGCUUGCAGGAAGAUCACCCACAGCCAGUGAUGUUCAAGUACAGGGCCAGCAUGGACCAGCUGCAGGCCAUAGUCAACCAUGCAGAUCACUGCCACCAGGAGAUGACUUUCCACUGCAAGAAGCCCAGGCUCUCAGAGCACCAUGGUGGAUCCCCAGUGACUUGGUGGGUUGGAACCAAUGAGACACAUACGCUCAGUGCUCAAAACUGCACUUGUGGAUUAGAGGGCAACUGCAUUGACCCCCAGUAUCACUGCAACUGUGAUGCCGAUCAGAAUGAAUGGACCAGUGACACAGUAGUUCUUUCCCAUAAGGAACACCUACCGGUCACUCAGAUUGUGAUGACAGACACAGACAGACCACACUAUGAAGCAGCUUAUUCCUUGGGGCCUCUGCUCUGCCAAGGGGACAAUUCAUUUUGGAAUUCAGCCUCCUUCAAUACUGAGAUUUCAUAUCUUCAUUUUCCUACCUUCCGUGGGGAGCUCAGUGCUGAUCUGUCCUUCUUUUUUAAGACAACAGCUUCCUCAGGGGUGCUUGUAGAGAACCUGGGGAUCACAGACUUCAUCAGGCUGGAGCUGCAUGCUCCUGAGGAAGUAGUCUUUUCCUUUGAUGUGGGGAAUGGACCUUGUGAACUCACCGUGCAGUCACCCACUCCCCUUAAUGACAACCGAUGGCACCAUGUGAGGGCCGAGAGAAAUGUGAAAGAAGCCACACUCCGAGUGGACCAGCUCCCUCAGAAGAUGCAGCCUGCCCCAGCAGACGGACCUGUCCGCUUGCAGCUCAGCAGCCAGCUCUUCGUGGGGGGAACUGCCAGCAGGCAGAGGGGUUUCCUGGGCUGUAUCCGGGGCCUGCGGCUGAACGGGGUGGCCCUGAACCUGGAAGAAAGAGCCACCGUGACGCCAGGAGUGGAGCCGGGGUGCGCAGGUCACUGCAGCAGCUAUGGCUAUCUGUGCCAUAAUGGGGGAAGAUGCCUAGAAAAACACGCAGGGAUCCAGUGUGACUGUGCCUCCUCUGCCUUCGAAGGACCCUUCUGCUCGCAAGAGGUUUCUGCAUACUUUGGAGCCAGUUCAUCAGUGAUCUACAAUUUUCAAGAACAUGACAAUAACACCUUCAGUAACAGCUCCAGAUCCUUAGCAGAAUCAUCUCAUGAAGAGCUCAAGCUGACCAGAGAAAUAGCCACGCUGAGCUUCCGAACCACAGGGGCGCCCAGUUUACUGCUCUAUGUGAGCUCUUUCUUUGAGGAACACCUUACAGUUGUCCUCACUCCUGAUGGAAGUUUGCAGGUAAGGUACAAGCUGGAUAGACACAAAGAGGCUGAUGUGUUGGACUUUGAUUUUAAAAAUCUGGCUGAUGGGCACCUUCACCACUUGAAGAUUCACAGAGCAGCAUCUGUGAUCUUUGUAGAGGUUGACAAGUAUGCAAGGAAACAAGCCAUCCUGUCAUCAGGGACAGAAUUCAGUGCUGUCAGAUGCCUUGCGUUGGGGACAAUUUCAGAGCUCCCAGGAGUGGACACAGACACACAGCUGGCAGCAACACGUGGCUUCACUGGCUGCCUCUCAGCUGUGAGCUUUGGUGGUGCUACUCCACUGAAGGCAGCUCUGCACCCAGGAGGAGCUGCCCAAGUCACCAUCCUUGGCUCAGUCAUUGCUGCCACCAGCUGCAUGGAGGGAUCAAGACCUGGCUCCUCAGCGUGGGAACUUAUGCCCAGCUUCACAGAGGGUGCAGGUUCUGGCUCAAGCAAUGAGGGAGAACCCUUAGUUAAUGCAAAUAGGGAUUCUUCUGCCAUCGGAGGUGGGACAGCAGCCGUGGUAUUUAUCUUGGUUUGCCUUACUGCAAUAGCUGUACACAUUUAUCAACAAAGAUGGCUGUACCCCAAGAACAAAGCAGAUAUUGAAAAAGCUGGAGCUGAGGCUGAAAUCUCUCUGACUAAGUGA